AUGCUAGAGCUGAUCGAAGGCUUGGUGAUGAUAGUGUUUCCGACGUGGAUUGAGCCUUGCAACAGGACACCAGACACCAUACACCAGAUAGAGGAAGGAUCAAGUGUCGGAGUGUCGCACCUGUCUCCGCCUGUUAGUGGCUGUGUGUGUCGUUUAUCAAUGGAGAUGGUAUGUAGUGUGUUAUCUUGGAGGGAAAGUGCUCUUGUAGUUUAUGGACGCGUGCUCACAACUGUCCCCUGUCCUGUGUCACACUCCCGUACCGUUUGA